CCUCCCUGUUCAUAUCAUUCCAAGAGAAUUCCAAGAGGAUUCUUUGUAGAUGAGUAGAUCAGCCUUAACCAGCCACAGGACGCGUCUGCAUCGCGUUUUCACGCGUCUCACCACUCGGGGUUCGUGGGUGUUGAGAUAAGAGGUUUUCAUGGAAAGAAUCCGUUCCAAAUAUGGCCCAAUAACUCGCCAUCUGCUUCGUGCCAUCCUGCGGGAGUCCACCUACCUUCCUGAUCCGUCGGCACGAGCCUACUGUCGUCAGCAUGCCCUGGAACGGUUUAGGAAUGGGCGAGAAAACAUCCGAGAGGCAGUGUAUAUAUGCCGGAAGAAGAAAAGCUCUCCGGAAGAGUGGGUGGAUCCUGUCCUCUUAAGGAGGUUGCACACAGGUCAUCAUGCCCUGGAGAGGCUGCAGAAUGCCAACCAUGGAAAGCUGUCGGUAUUAACAACCAUUAUCCUCGAGACGUACGGCCGGACUGGCAAACCCAGGCGUCAGCUUAUAAACACUUUGGUUCAGCCUGACCAUGAUCUGUCGGACGCAUCUUCUGGAGACGGAGAUGCGCCUCCUCUCGAACCGCCGCUUCCCGGCCUCGAAAGCAUUCCGGCACAGCUAUGGGGCACGAGGACGGUCGACAAACAGCACAUCACAUAUACCAUCUCCCCACGAUAUUCGCGACUCCGGGAUCUGGCCCGGUCCCAGGCCCAGCACACGUUCAACGGCCGUCGACAACGACGCACGCUCCGCUCGACCAAGCUCGCGAUCCCGUCCACGAAUAUGUGGCUCCAGCCGAUGCCGCGCAAACGAGAACAGAACGCCAUAUACAAGUUGUAUGCCGAGUUUCUACACAAGUUGGAGGCUCCGCUUCCCGAAUCGGAGUGGGAACGUUUGCGAGAUCUUGCAUCCGGAAAAGUGCCCUGGGAAGGCCCCCGACCGCGACGUGCUUCUCCUGAAGGACUUCCCGUGGUGUUCGAUCGGCAAAAGCUUUACGAAAUGGUGAAGGGUGCCAACGCACUCAAAGCAGAGACCGCAGAUGGCGAGGAGCACUCAUCCGAGGACAACUCGGAAAUUCUGGAAAAGACCGUCAGCCGGUAUCUCGAACGCAUCGUGCUGGCUCGGCCCUUGAACCACCUGGGGGCUUGGGUACCUCCGAGUCGGCUGGAUGCUCGGACCAUGCGUCGGAUCUGGGCCUAUACGUUUUCCCUGUGUCCGCUGAUGAAAUGGAACGAGGCGGGGAAAAAUUGGGAUGUGCAGUGGGGCUCCCAGGCACAGACGGUCUCGGUACCUCACGCUUCUCCCGAAGAGAUAGGAGGAUAGGACGAAAGGUCCAUUGAUAUCGCAUCCGCGUGAGCGAUCGUUGCAAGGACAGGUGCAACCUACGGGUAUGCUGAACGGUGCUUUCGAACCGGGAAUCGAAUUCAAUUCAGCGCCCCGGAUUGGGACCGAGUUCCUACAGGUGGGAUGUAUGGAAAUCAUUGGAGAGGAAUUAAGAACCGUGUGGGCAUCCUAUCCCAGAUAUCAGACGUGUCAAUGGUGUCAUCGAUCUAAUGAAGUCCGAAUCGAUCCAGGUUGCUCCGCGCAUUUCCAGAUGCCUUGAUAGUGCUUGAUCACCAUAUCGCUUUGCCGAUAUAGUCUGGCUGAUAGAUAAUAUUAGAACAAACCGAGAGUU